ACUUUAAUGAAAAAGCUUACCAAAUACUCAGCGAGAUCACUCAGAAAUAAGGCAAUCCAACGAAUCCAUUAAUUAACCAAAGAAAUAUUUAAAACGAUAGCUAUUAGCUACCACGUACGAAAGUUUCCAAUCAACAAAUUCAAUAUCAAUGGGAACCGACAGAAAAAUUUGUUGUCGACGUAAACACACGUAGGAAUGUACGCGCCUGUAUACGCGUAAUCAAAACAACGCACAGACAAAGCGCAGAAGCAGAACACCAACAACAACUUCCAGCUGAUUUCCUUCCCUUCCUGUCCUUCCUGUCACUGUGCAGCACCAAUUUUUUUUAUCAGCUCUGCUGUAUUGCUGAUAAUUUGAUAAUUAUGAAAACGAAUUUUAUUUCCAUAAUCGUAUAAGUACUUAAAAUAUGAAACUUUAAGCGAUCACAUCGUCCUAGCUGGCUUAUUUGGUAUUUCCAUGUAUGAACCUCGCGGCGAAUCAUGUUCUGCGAAGUAAACGGCUGCAUUAAUCGAACAUCAGACAAAAAAAAAGGAAUCUCUUUUCACAGGUUUCCGGACGAUGAUGUCUUGAAGCAAAAAUGGAUUGAUCUUCUGAGCCGCGAUGAUUGGGUACCAAAUCCUCUUGGUAAAGUGUGUUCUACCCACUUUAAAACAGAAGAAAUACUGAAAAAUCCUUCUGCGAAAGCGCUCCUAAUAAAAACCGCGGUACCGAGUAUUUUUCCGACUAUCAACAAUGAAAUGGCAUCGCCGCCUACAAUUGAAACCGACCCAAUAAUAAUAGAUGUUGAAGCGGAGUAUCUCGAACGGAAUCAUGCCCAUUUAAAUACGAGUACGACCAAUCAAGUAGCUGAAAAAGCGAAAGGGGGCAUUAAAAGUAAAUUUUCCGUAAUUUCCGAACUAGCUAAUGAUAUGAACUCCAUCAAGUCAAAAAUUAAUCAGCACUUGAAAACAAGACGUGUGAAGAAUUGUAGAAUGAGAACCAAAAUUGAAAAAUUAAAAAAAUUCUUGUCUGAAAUCAAAGAAGAAUGUGCUAACAAUAAUCCUGUACUAUCAAGCUUAUUUGAAAAUGCGCUCAAAGAACCACAAGAUGCAGACAUUGACGAACGAUCAAAUGACAAUUUAUCAACUAAAUUAAACGAAGUAGACUCAUCGCAACAAGUUGAAGCAUCUGAAUCUAUCGAUAAAAUAACGGCAGAAUCAUUCAGGCCAUACUUGGUAAAUGAACUGAAAAAAUUACGCCCAGAAGAUCUACCGUUGAUAAGACGCGAUAUUCAGAAGGUCUUGGAAAGUAAUAAACCUAUUCGGGAUACGUCAUCGUAACUUCGCUCGAAUAGAGAAUUUUAAACGUUUUUUCCUAUUGUAGAAGUACCAAUUGGAUUUUACUCGUAUUGUAAAAAUGUAAUUUUAACAAAUAUAAAGUUUUGUAACGUUUAUAA